AUGGCGAAAAAGUGCGUUCACAAAGGGUGCGGCAAGACAUACGAGGACGAAAACGAAGAGUGCGUCUACCACCCAGGCCCACCAGUCUUCCACGAGGGGCAGAAAGGCUGGAAAUGCUGCAAACCUCGCGUCCUGACGUUUGAUGAGUUCCUCGCAAUCGAGCCUUGCACAAAGGGCAAGCAUUCCGAUGUAGACGACACGCCUGCGCCCGAGCCAGUUGAGGCUCCCGAUGUACCCAAUGGCACACCAGUCAAUCUAGGAUCGCUCGACGAGUCUCUUCCACCGCCCGCGCCCCGAGUACCUACUGCACAAGCUGCGCCCAAGCCCACAGCCUCGCCUGCCCCACCCCCAGAGUCCGAAGACGACGACCCAAGCAUAGCGGUGAAGGAGGGGAUGGCAUGCAGGAGGAAAGGGUGCGGUGCUGUGCACAAGGGAGGCGAUAGACAAGGGGAGAGCUGUGUACAUCAUCCUGGUGCGCCCAUCUUCCAUGAAGGCAGCAAGGGAUGGAGUUGUUGCAAGAGGAGAGUGUUGGAAUUUGACCAGUUUAUGAAUAUCGAGGGCUGUAAGACAAAGGACAGACAUUUGUUUGUUGGCAGUGGCAAGAAGAAGGAGGGUGAGGAGAAGCUGGAUACAGUCCGACACGACUACUACCAAACGGCGACUUUGGUGGUCGCCUCGCUCUACCUCAAGAAGAUUGACAAGGCCACUGCAAGCGUUGAGUUCCAGCCGUCAAGUGUGAAACUUGACCUGCCUACGAGCGACAGUAAGCGCUACCAAACCGAGUUUCCCCUGUUCUCGACGAUCAAACCGGAAGAGAGCAAGUUCCGGAUCCUGGGGACCAAGCUUGAGAUGACUCUUGUCAAGGCUGACGGAGCGAGCUGGCCAGUGUUGAGGAGUGACGAGAAACCUACUGGUGAGAUGAUACAGGUCGGCAGGGCCGGGAGGGCCUAG